CCCUUCCACCUGCACCUUCCUCUCUUCUUCUCAUCCGAACUUCUCUUCAACAAUUCUCUUCCAGACUUCAACUCAUCCAACAACAAUGGCUCAAGACGAAGACAUCCUCAACAUCCUGCGCUGCCAGCACUGUGAGCAGCUCAACAGCAAGUGUGAUAAGCUCUACAACCUCAUGCAUUCCACCGCCUCCUGCACUCGCUGCACCACGGACGGCCACGCCUGUCAAGAUGGCGACAACAUCACCAAGGUCUCCGUCUUUCGCAAGACCGCUGUCAACGAUCUUGUUCCCUCCAAUGUCCGCCCCGACUUCAUCAAGAUCUUCGAUGAUACCGCCAUCCACAACCCUCUCCUCCUGCUCGUCGCAGUCGCCUUUGUCUCCGCCAGUCCUACAUACAACGACAUCAACCAAGUCGCCACUAUCUACAAGAUCAUCCUCGACCGCCGUCCCAAAUGGAUCAUUGGCAAGACCAACUCUGAACGCGAAGCCCGUCUUGUCUUCAACAUAAUCAUGGGCCCUCUUGCUCUCCACUACGCCCACCAUGUCGGUCGAGCCAGCAGCACCAUCCACAAGCAAAUCAACAGUGCCGCCUUCAUGUUGUCAUCUUGUUGGGCCAUGACAACCAGCUGGGACGCCUACUUUGAAUCAUCCACCAAUGGCGCUCCUCUCUACCUCACAGUCAUGAACUCAGUCGACGUCAGUCAAGUCGCCACUCUUCCUCCUGUCAAACAUUUCGAGAUUCUCAUAAACUCUCUCACGCUCGGCGACGGAACCAAGAAUGAGCUCAAGUCUGCUGUCGAGGACUGCUACAAGAUUGCCAUUAACAUCACCGCCGAUGAGAACAACACCUCAACCAACUACUCCAACAUCGCCAUCUUUCGUUGGUUGAGCAUUUCCACUUACGAGCCCGACCCGGAAGCUACAGUUCAAGAACAACUUAUCUGGAGCUUGAUCCUCUGUCAUUGGGCCAUGCUUUGUCAACGCAGAAAGAAAGUGUGGUACUUCGAGGACAUCGCAGCACCUCUCUUCAACGAGUUCCUCGCUGAUCUCCGUGAAGCUGGAAUUCUCGACGACGAUACCACUUGGCCUAUUUGGAGAGAGGGAUUGAGAUACCUUGCCAAUACCGCUGCUCUGAGCUUGGAGGACAUGAUCUUCAUACCGGGUUCUGUAGAUGAAGACCGGUGA